CAUAAAAAUUAUUUCAAAAGAAAGAAGGAUUUUCUAGAUCAUCUAUCCAUAACCUUGCCCAAAUUACUGGGCAACUUACCGUAUUGGGAAACAAAUUAAACAAACUCCAAGAAAAGACGCAAGUAACAUCACCUGUGGUACUGAAAAAUUCAGCCUCUACAAGUGUACAAGUAGCUUGAGAUAGCCAUUUUCCAACUGCCCCUAAUCAAGCAUAAUUCUCUCUCUCUCUCUCUCUCCAUGGCAACCAUAGCAAGGAAGAAGAGUGACACAGCAAGAACUCUCUACACUUUAGUUGGGCUAAUGGUGAUGGCAGGCUGUGUGAGUUCAGACUUUGAAGGAGACAAGAAAGAAUGCGAAAACCAGCUGGUUGGACUGUCACCAUGUCUCAAAUUUGUCGUGGGAGAAUCAAGAGCUCCCACACCAGAAUGCUGCACUCGGCUCAAACAAGACUUCAAUCGCACCGAGAAGUGUCUUUGUAUUCUUGUCAAAGACAGAAAUGAGCCAAACCUUGGCCUCAAAAUCAAUGCCACUCUGGCCCUUAGCCUCCCUUCCAUUUGCCAUGUUCCUUCAAAUUCAUCACACUGCCUUGCUCUUCUAAACUUAGCUCCCACCUCACCAGAAGCCCAGGUUUUUGAACAAUUUGCUAGCUCCUCAGUCAGUACUGAAACUCCAGCGAGCUCAAGCAGCACCGUGAAGGGGAAAUGGGCUGGAUUGCAGAGUAUUGGUCUAGUUUCGCUAUUGCUUGGUACAUUUAUUGCCAUCAAUCGCAGUUAGAACAAUCUCCAAGAGCAAUCUUCAGGGAGAAAAUUAUCUCAUCCUUCCUUUGUAAGAAAACUUACCAUGUUGUCAAUGAAUGUCCACUCUAGUUCAUAGAAAAACACAUCAUUUUCCUAUUGUCACAUAGGAUUUUCUACGUAAACAAGUAUGUUGUACAGAGGAUUCAUAGUUCUGUUGGAAAUGAA